CGUUUCUUAUUAGAAUUUUUAUUGAACAAUUUUUCAAAAAAAAAAAAGAACAAAUAAAAGUAUUUCAGAUCAUCAGGUUUCUUAUUUAGAUGAGAAUUGUGCCCACCUCUGUUUAAAAUUCGUUUAAAAAAUAAAAUAUUUCAUUAUUCCCGUUCGAUUAUAUUCACAUUAUCGAUGACUUCGGUUACGAAUAUCCGGUUUCAAAAUUUCGGUGGAAGAGGACUCUAUGAUGGAGCAUGCGCAUCGUUGUAGUGUUCGUCGUGUAAAAAGUUCAAAUUCGUACGAAGCGGUAACGACAAGUGUGAUCAGUUUGAAAAUGUUCGACUUAAUAAUAACUGGGUUAUGGUAGUAGUCUCUGGACCAUAAUAACAAGUAUAAUAGUAGAGUAGGCGAUAUCGUCCUCCGCUGAAAAGUGAUACAUAUUGGUUCUCUACGAAAGUAGAGAAACAAGGAUAGGCGUGCAUAUGUGAGACUAGUAAAGGAACGAGAGAUUUUGUUGUACACGCGGGUGAACGAAAGAACAAGGAUAGAAAGAAAAGCAAACCAGAACCGGGUGUCGUAAGGUAAUCGUUGAUUUGCUUUGAGUGUUCGUUUGUGUUCUGACUUCGUUUCUCAUCUCCCAUCGGAUCGUUGCUCGCGUGUGUUGUGCAAAAUUUCGCGUCGUCGACCGUGCGUUCCGUUCGACAUUACGCGGGAAAAAUGGCUUCGUUUUCGGUGUGACACGAAAAUCAUAAAACAAUAUUGUUACGAGGCGUAAAUCUUGGUUUCUUCAUCGUGGAACCAUUGGACGAACAGGUGUCGAAGGUGCAGGUCUCGAUAAUCGACCAUGGCGUCUCAUAAGGACUUGACGAACGAUUGGGCUACGUAUGAUGAUUCUAUCGAGCAAUGGACGGAUUCUGAUCUGCAGUUAGCGGCAGAACUUGGCAAGACCCUCUUGGAACGAAACAAGGAAUUAGAGAACAUUAUCAAACUUCACCAGACCACCGUCGAGGAACAAGCCCAAGAAAUAGAGUACAGGAAAAAACAGACCGCUGCACUGAGGGAGGUAAACGAUUCACGACUGAAAGUUUACGAGCAACUGGAAGUCAGUAUACAGGACUUGGAGCGCGCGAAUCACCGUCUCGUGGUAGAGAACACUAAUGACAAGAAACUUCUCAAAAGCCAAUGCUUAACGAUCGAGAAUCUGGAAGCUCGUUGCACGGAACUCCAGAGGAAAAACGACGAGUUAAAUGAACUACACAAAAGUGUGCUUCGACAACAAUGCAUGAGUCAAUCGAUGAAAACCACGGAAACACAGACCGCUCUAUGGGAAGCGUCGGUCACGCAGGGUGGCAGCACACAACAGAACGCUGCCCCAUCUGAGGAAGAAGUGGUAACUAAUCUAUUGAGGCAACUACAGGAAGCACGAAGUCAAAGAGCGAGGGAACAAAUGAAAGUGGCGGAACUUGGACAGCAAGUGACAACUCUAUUCUAUGAGAACGUUAACUUGGAAGAACAGUUAGCCAUUUUGCGUACCAAAGCGCAAGAUGUGAAAACCCUUCAAGAAGAGAUAAACGCACUCGAAGAAGUCAGACGAGGACGACUGUGCGGUCAAUGUUUACGCGGAAUGGAGACGAAAACGCACGAUGAUCUGUUGGUAAUGUUGGACCAGGAAGAAUACGACGACGUCAGUGUGGCUGACUCGCUCAUCAACGAAAGUCAACGCGAUAACGAAUCGCUUACGCAGCAAGAAACUUCUAACAAGACGCAGAGCAACAUUACGCUGAAGGACUCUACUAAUAAAGAGGAUGCUUCCAAUGACCUGAGCAAUCCGUACAGAGUACUCGUAGAAAAAUAUCAAGCCCUGCUGGAGGUUCAGAAUCGUUCGGCGCCCCGACGAAAGGACAGCGUGCCACCACCAGCUGCCUGCAUGUCCUUGCAAGAGGAGCUCGAAAUGUCCGGCGAGUUCAGUAGCUUCCAGAGUCCCUCGUUGGAAGCGGAGUUGCAGCAGGAGUCGGGAACGUCCAUCGGGACAAACGAUACACGUACCAAAACGGAGAGCUGCGGUAAGAAACCAUUUUCCGCCACCCCCACAGACUUCUCCGAAGCGGAGUCUGGUUUCUCCGACGAGACCAGCAACAAGGCAACGCAGACCGAGGAAAGACCCGGCUCGUUCCUCUGUUCCAUCGCCGACGGCGAGGACUGCAAGUUCAGCAUCUACGACGACAACAGCACCUUCGAAAGCAGAUUCCGUAAAACGCCAGAGUACAGGCCAUUGUUCAGCGAGAUAUUCAGCGUUCUGAAACGGGCAGCCGAAGCAAAGGACGAGGGUGAAAUGCUGCCAUUGUUGGACGAUUCGACGAGCACAGUCAUCUGCCAGCCACAGACUUCGAACCUGAUAAAGGACGAAGACGUCCCCAGCGAGACCACCGACGACAACCAGAGCGUUGUUUCUUCCAUCGUCUCGUCGGUCGUUUCUGAACCACUCUACAGAGUACAAACCCCAGUUUUAGUUAAUUCAACCCACGAACGACCAAGUAACGACUCGGGCCACGGACAAGUGAAACACGGGAAGACCAUGGGCCUACGAAAUGGAAAUCGGUUCGACUACCUGUCGAUCAACACUCACUUCUCGAAGAAAUCGCCAAAGAAGUUCACUAAUAGAAAAGUGCACCAUGAUAAACCAGUCGCUCCAGAUGUAAUACCCACCACGAAUCCCAAACUGAUUCCAACUUUCCCUAAGCCGAGCAAUGGCGGGAAGACUCACUUCAGGCCCUUCACACCGGCAGAACAAAACGGUAGCGUGUGCAACGGGUACGGUUACGCGAACAGGACCAAAGAAUCGCGUAACACUAGCAAUCAGCACACCAGCAAUCAGCACAACAGCAAUUUCGAAUACACAGGGUACAAACCUAGCACGGCGUCGGAGGAGGUCGCCAGAUUGAAACGGCUAGAGAUGUCGUACGCGGAGGUUCUUCGGUUGCCAAACAAAUCCAAAGCGAGAAGUCGCAAAAGUUAAAUUAAUUUUUUUAGAAAAUGAAACGGAAUAAUUUAAUCUUGUCUUGUCUACGUAUUAGCACCGAUCCCCGAUACUCGAACCUUGCAUCUGAAAUACGUUAAUCUUGUGUUGUCCACGAGUUCGUUCGUCUUGUUUCAAAGGUAAGGUUCAUUUUCUUAAAAUCUUCGAGUGAACGUUGAGUCAAAUAUUUCUUAGGUUUAACCCCUUGAUUGCUGAAUAAUCUUUGCUGAAACUGGGGACCUUAGUUUGUUGCUAGCAUGAACUCUGUCGAUUAAAUAUACAAGGCCAAAUUAAAUAACACAGAAACGGUAUCUUCGAACAUUAUUUCACCAAAAACAUUCAGAUAUGUAAUAUUGGUUUGUCUGGAAAGUCCAUCGAUCGUUGAUAGCUGGUACAGGUCUGAAUAUAUUGAAAUGUUUGAAAAGAAACAAAAAUAAAUAUACGUGGCGAAUUGGGUAAGCUCCUCCUUUUCGAAGUCGGUUAAUAACAUGUGUACAUCUCUUAAAAGGUGGAAAGGGUAUGGAACAAAAUGGUACUUACAUAAUUCGAUAAAUAUAUAUCAAAAUUCAACCGUGUCUUUGAAUUUUUCUUAAACAGACACUUCUUUUUAUGAGACAUUGUGUAACGCUGUAUGAAGUGGGAGUGUUCUGUAUCUUUCAGUAUUCUGACGUAUAAUGUAAUUAAAAAUUGGCACGAACUUUCUGGACAACCCAAUAUAUUUUAAUUUGAAAAUCUGUCAAUGAAUCUAAAUAUUUAGACUUAUAAUAUACAUAAUAUAUAUACUAUAAUAUAUAUAUAACAAAGUAUAUAAAACUGUAUACUCAUAUGUUGAACAAUAUUAUCGUGCCUCAGGUAUGUAAAAGUUAAAAACAUUGACAGACGCAUAUAUGUAUACGUCGAUAGCACUCGAAGGGUUAAUGUCGAGCAAUGCGUAAGCAAGACAAUGUUAAAUUAUUUUAGACGUAAGGUUUCAGUAUUGAUGAUCAGUGCUAAUUAGACCGCAUUUUGUAAAUAUCUCGGAAAAGCGAUCGCGCUGUAGCGUCUAGGUACUAAACUAUUUUAUAUUAAUUUUUUUAUUAUAUUUUGUAUCUUCAUUGUAUAUCUUCCUUUCACGUGGAUGUAUGUGGUAACAAAGGUACACAUCGUUAAUAUAUAUACCGACGUCGAGACACGUGGUAAACAAGCCAGAGAAAAUUUAAUCAUGUCUCGUAAAAAUUUGUUCUCUCUUAGAAAUUGUAGUUGUGAUGAAAUAAAAUUAUUUAUGUGCCAUUUACUCUA